AUGCAAUUUUCUAACCACUUGAAGUAUUUAAACAAGGUCAAGAUCAAAGUAAUGGGUGACGAACUCAGUCCAAAUCCGGCAGUGGUUAUUAGCAACCAUGCUUCCUUGGCUGAUGCUUUCGUAAUCCAACAUUUGUCAAGAUUAUCUACCAAAUCUGAAAGGGAUGCCAAAGAUGGAUUACCACACAAUAGGAACCUUAAGUUACCGAUUGUAAACUUCUUCUCAUGGUUUCUUAUAUGGAGAGUACCAACAAUCAAAAUAUUGACCCAUUUGUUGAAAACAGAUGAAAAUUGGGAACUUGAAGAGAGCUCGAUCCUAUAUGUAUUUGCGAAAUUGCUCAAAAGCAAGUUUUCAGAAUGGGUUGCAUUGUUUCCAGAGGUGAAUGUGUGGACACCAGAAGGGUACAAAGUACAGCAGCAAAUUGGAGAAAAGUACUUUCUACCAAAAUUGGAGAAUUUGCUCUACCCAAGGUACCCAGCUUUUUACAAUAUAAUCACUGCUAUGUCAAAAUUCAAGCCGCACCCGUAUUCUAAUUUGUACGACUUGACUAUAUUGUACUGUCGUCGACAAGGGGAUGAAGUUGAUUACCAACCACCUACAUUGUUGGAAAUCUUCUCUUCAAAAGAACCAGUCACUGUACUAGUUUACGUCAAAGUGAGAUCAAUUGCUAGAAUCCCCAGCAAGAGAAAAAAAUUGGAAAGGUAUUUGGAACACUUGUGGAAGCACAAGGAUAAGAUCAUGACACAGAUCAAGGAGGAGAAUAAUUUACACCAAAUGAGAAAUUUCAAUCGACAUACUACUUUUAGUUCAUCCAUAUCAGGUGUAAUUUGA